CCCCAGUACUUGACGCGUUACGUCUUCCGGUUUUACUUUCGACACAUCACAGGUCAUCAGAAAUACGAGAAAUGUGACAAAAAUAUCAACAUCUUGAUAUUGUUGGUCCGUGAAUUUUACGAUGAACAAUUAUAUAGAGUUUGUGUCAUGAUUUAGUCCUAGACAGAGUGUUAUGAAUUCAAGAAAGUCGAAGCAGAAUGCAAACGACAAACCUUACAGCUACCAGCAAUUAGGUGCAGAGGUUCAGAACACUAAAAAGUCAAGAGUGUAUGUGUUUGGCGAUGCUGAUGUCAAGGAAGAUGAGGUUGUUGAAUUUGAAAUGUCUGACGUGCGAUCGCGUAAAGGGGGGACAAAACCCAUUACCAGAGAUGACGACGAAGAGAUUUAUUAUGAGAGAGAGAUUACUGAAGGCGAUACAUUACGAAGUCUUUCAUUACAGUAUGGAUGUCCGGUGGCUGAAAUCAAACGAAUUAAUAACAUGAUCCAGGACCAAGAGUUUUAUGCUUUCAAGAAGAUAAAAGUGCCAAUUAAAAAAUAUUCAUUUUUGACAGAAACACUAAAAACAGAGACAAAAUCUGACUUGCCUCAGUUAAAUGGAGUAACAGUGGUGGAUGAAACUGACACCGAUCAUCAGGAGACGGACUCGGAGUCAACAUGUAACUUAAGUGACCCAGAAACUCAGAGGCUCUUAAUAAAAAAAUCGCUCAGCAUCAAGAGUCAGACAAGCAAUCAGAGCAAAGAAGCUAGGAGGUUUCUGCGUAGCAUGGAUAAAGACCUGGUGAAAAUCUGUAAUUCGGCAAAAACAAAUCAUAAGUCACUAGAUGAAGUUGUCUCUCUUUUGACCAAUAGGUCGAUACAGCCUAUUCCACCGCCACGACGGAAGUUCUUUGGUACUAAUUGUGGAAUAACCUGGUGUUCAAUGAUCACUGUUAUGGUCAUACUUGUUAUCUUGAUUCCGUUAGGAAUUUUAAGUUAUUUAUGGUUCACGGGCCACUUUGCUUCCCAUGCUGCUGCAGGCCAGACUAAGGGAUGAUGUAUUAAUACCUGUUAGGAGAAUGGAAUACUUUACUGAGAAACAUAUCAAUUCGUUCAUGGAAAUAGGAAAGAAAUAUCACUCUUCAGAUAUGCAUGUAGUGAAACUCCACAGAGCUUUAGAAAGUCCUUAGCUGGGUUCGGUCUUUUUAAUUAGUGGCCAGGUAUUCUUUUGUUUUGAAAGAUAAUUCAGCAUUGAUAGUAGUUUUUUUUUUUUUUUUUUCGAUAAUUGUCAAUCAUCCAAUUCAAAAAAGAAAACAUAUACUGCUUGGACAUGUUGGAAAUGCAGGAUUUAAAAAAAAAAUGGAUUUCUGAUAUGUAUACUUCUACCAGUUUGAAGUCAUUGAUUGUCAAUAAAUGUACCAAGCUACAAAUUUUUUUGGAAAAAAUACCCUUUAUGUAUGUACUACAUGUAUAUAUUCUUGAAGACUUAAUAAAAGGUAGUUAUUACUGAGGUGCAAUCUCCAUGGCUCUUCCAAAAAGUAUUAAAAUUCCAAAUUAAUCACUGAAGUAAGAUUUAUGUCUAAUAAAUACAAUGGAUUGUUUAAGGUAUGUUUAUGGAUGUUUUCAUCUACAUGUGUUAGCAUUAUAGAAAAUUACAUUAUAAUUCACUUUAUGAAAGAUACAUGUACCUGUUUUAAGCCUUUCAGAUCAAAGAUUGGGGGAUAUUGUUUUUUUUAUCUGUCUUUCAGUUAGUUGCCCGUGCACAACUUUGACUAAAGUUUUGAAAUUAUCGAAUAUAUUUUGCAUGUUUACUCAUGUAAUUAAAUCAAUAUGCAGUCAGGCCUGGGGGUUAUAAAACUUUUACCGUACUUAUACUCAAACUCAACCAUGUUUGUUUUGAGUACAACUCUGAGCAAGCUCUCAGCGUACUCAAAAAAUCUUGAGAAUGUACUCUAUUUGAGUAUGAGAAUAAAUUUCAUAUAAGUUUUAUAACCUUCACUUUUGAGUAUGUGUAUGACUUAGAACACAGAGUUUGAGUAUGAAAACAUGUUUAAAAUUUUUUAUAAUCUCCAGGCCAGGUCAAGCCCACAAUAUGAGGUUAGAGGUUGUACAGGAUUUUGUUAUAGUCUAGGCGACUCGCAUUAAUAUUUUGUACUUGUUAUUUUCUGUCAAACAUUAAUGUUUUACCACUCUUGAGUACCUUGUCUCUAACUUGUAUCAAAAUGAAAUUGAAGGAGUACAUUUUGAAUUCUGAAAUUGAUUGGGACAUGCAAAAUGCAGUGUACAUUUUUUACUGGUUAGCAUCGCGUACAAACAUUUCUUUGAAUAUAUAUUUUAAAAAACCCACACAUUUUGGAUUGAAUUACAUACAUAGUAUGCUUUUUUAAACAAAAGAAUUGGAGGUAAAAUUAUUUUAUUUUAUUUAGAUUGUCUUGUACAGUGUUUAGGUGUACUUAAAUUUUGACCUUUUAAAUUUGGACUUCCUGUGGACUGAGGACAAUUUGGCAAAUGUUGCUUGUGAGUGGAUGCCCAACUUUGGGGCGACCUUCUGAAAAAGUAUCAUUCUGAAAAAUAUGUAGAAGUUAGAGAAAGAAGAUGUUUGGUAUGAGCCUGAUUUGGUCCCUGAAAAUGACUUCACAUAAAAGAUUAUUUUAUUUUGAUAAAGAGUAUAUUCACUACUUUUUGAUAUUUGUUAUUCACCGAAACAUGUUAGUGAUGCCAAGAUAUGACAUCAUCAUGAUCAUAAAUGUUUAACUUCUCCCAGAUCGUUUGAUUAAAAAUGGGUCCAUUACAGUCAUAGAGCACAUUAGUGAACACCUGGAUUUAUAUUUUCACUAGUUCAUACAUGAAUGUAUUAUUCAAAAAUAGGUUGGUAGAAAAACAAACCAUGCCCUCCAGACGAGUGAGCUAAAUGUUUUUGAUAUAAAAAAAAUAAAUCAAAAACAAGCACAUGUAAAUGUUAUAUUUUCUGUUAAAAAAAAUUAUGAUAUUAAAAAUGCUUCAUUUCUAGUCAGAAUACAGGAAAUGAUAAAUAUUAUCAUAAAUUCAUCAUAUAAGAAUUGAUGUUUCCUGAAUUCUUGAAGAUUUUAUAUAAAUAUUAUGUUUUACUAAAGGCCAAAUUAGGCUCUUAUCAUAUGUAGUUCUUUAUGGUUAUUAAAUUAGAAGAUUUGAAAAAUUGAUAAAAAAAAAUUCAAUUGAUAAGCAUUGGUCGUGUUUUCAUAUCGAGUAUUUGUGUAAAAUAUUGCUUUUUUCCCUUUAACAAAUACAUAAAUGUUCAAAGCAUUUUUACCAAGUUCUUAUAUAAAAUGUUUAUAACAAUGAUAAAUGUUCCAUGCAUAUAUGUGAUACAGGCAUUUGAGUGUGGAGCUUUGAAGGCAUGUGUCCAGUUCUUUUCUGCACUGCCUUGGAAUGCUGUGAGAGAUUGUUAAUGCUUAGUGUUUUGUUCCUUCAUAUACAUGUUUGUGUAAUGAUACAUAAGUGCACAGUUAAAUUAAUGUGUUUAUAACAUCAAUGCUUGACCCCAGAACUGUCUCUGUCUCCUUCACCACAUCAUUGCAAACCAUGGUGACAGUCAGAAUGUACAAUCCUUUCUAGGAGAGAGUUGAACUCGGGACCAUGGCUUGAGACAAUAUUUUCAGCAUUCCAUUACAUGUAGGUCAUGUCACUGGGUGUAAGUUUAGCAUAUUCUUCCAUUAUGAUAGAAAUUAUUCAAGUUACAAAAGACCUGCAUCCUUUGAAUGUUUGAUUUGAUUAAAUGAGAAUGCUUACUGUUACAAAAUUGAAUACUGGUGUACAGCAACAUACUGUAAUCAUGUUUAAUUACUGUUGAUAUAUGUGUACAGCAUUAAGGUAUGUUUUUCAUCAAUAUUUAAAAAGAAAAACAUUUAUGUAGUUUUCAUUCAUUAUGUACACCAAUAAUUAUAUGUUCUGUGUUAAAACAGACAUUUUUUAUCAGUAUGGAUGUCAUCUGGGGUUUUUUAUCAGUAAGUUACUUCUGCCACCAUCAGUGUUUUACCAGUCAGUAAAUGUUGUCACAGCCCAACAAUGAUAUUGCUAUCAUCAAUGAUUAAAUGGAUAUUGAUCUAUGUCAUUUUAUAAACAGGAAGUGGUUAGAGUUACCCAUCCUGGAACUUUUAGUACAGACAUGUUUGGAGGCAGUUUAUGGUUCAUACAAAGUGUUUCAGAUCAAUUUUUUUUUUCAUAACAAAGCAAUGCUUUAAUUCAUACAUUUGUUCUUUGGAAAUGUAUAUACUAUUUAAAGAUCGAUUUCAUGUACAAUUUGUAGGUUGUAUCGCGCCAGGAUCAGGGAUGAAACCAGCAUGCCAUUAUAAUCUUAAUCUAACACAUGAAAUCGCACAUAUAUGAUGAUGUUUGGUGGAAAGGCGUUAUACGAGUCAGUCUUAAAUAAACAAAAAUACCAGA